CUCACACAGGAUGGGAAGGUGGAGUGGAGGAGGACAGAUGGAGGCAGGUGCAGGAGGCGGCCUUUAAAAAGCAAAUUAAACAGCAAGUGCAUGUCACUCUGGAGGACAUAACACUUAAAAAACACACACACACAUAAGAAGUGUUUGGGACUAUGGCUUCCACCACGUCGGGUGAUGUUCUGCCCACAGGCUUCAGGAUCUUCACCACCAUUCCUGACUUGUUCUUCAUCCCAGAGUUUGUGUUUGGAGGUCUGGUGUGGAUCCUGGUAGCGUCCACUCGUGUCUUGCCGGACCACCCUCUGGGCUGGGUAAUGUUCGUGUCCGUCUACUGCUUCGUCUUCACAACGCUGUGGUUCUUCAUCUUCCUCUGUGGAGCCAACCAGAGCAGCAUCUGGCCCGCCCUGGAUGUUGGCUACCAUUUCUUGGCGGUGGUCUUCUACCUGAGUGCCUCCGUGGAUUUGGCCUACAUAACGGUGCUCAAAGGGUGGGGCGUUAACAUUGACUCCGCGGGCGCCGUGGCCGUGGUACCCCUGACUGGUGACCUUCUCAAAUUCUACAGGCUGGACAUCGCUGCUGUGGUGAUGUCCUACGUGGCCACACUUCUCUACUUCCUGCACGCCAUUUUCUCAGCCAUCCGAUGGAGGAAGGCCUAGACACUCCACCGCCCUUAAAAACAAACAGGAAGCCAAAUGUCAAACCAAGUGGGCCAGUCUCUUGAUCUAAGCGACACAGUCCUCACCCUUUUUAUAUAUAUUUUUUAUUGUUAUUGUUUGUUUCUUUGUUUACCAUUGGCGCGUGCUUACAGGCAAGACGAGUUAGAGUAGUCACACGACUGAAUGAGCAACAAACGAACAGGUUUUUGACCCAGGUCACAUGUAUAAGGAAAGGGAGUUUUACUAAUCUUAUUUGGCAACAGUAUACCCCGUUAUAUGUACCCAGUAAAUGAGAAAAAUAGAUUGACGCACCCAUAAAAAACCCUAUAUAUACUUAUUUUUGAUACUCUAAGCCCUGUAAUAUGCCUUGAACAGUUGUUAAACACAUUGUAAUUCAGUUUUACACAUGAACUCAUUCAAUGCCGGCCAUUUUUGAUGAUCUUUUGAUUUUUCAUGUUCCAGGGCUAUAUACUGUAGGUAUGGUACAUGCCAAAAGAAAAGUUAGACUCUCAUCUUUCAGUAGAAAAGUAGAAAGUUUGUUUCUACCUUUUUCCCCAUUCUAUAGUAAUCAGCAGUAGAACAUAGGUAAGUUUCAAUAAAAAAACUAAAAAAGGCUUUUUGUGAAAAAAACGCAUUUUAAGCAUAAUUUCUCCUUUGAAAAAAAUGUAGUCAUAUAUAUUAAGCUAAAAUAUAUAUUUUUAAAAAACUACGGCACAACAUAACGCAAAAAACUGUUGUUUUACAUGAAAGUAACUAUUAAUCGACAAAUAUAACUAGUUACAAUUUUCACAUUUGGAACUGAACUUUGUGUCUGCAUGUCGGUUGCAAUGCAGCCUGUAUUUCUAUGGGAAAGUUGCAGGCCGAGUUCUUAUAAAAUGCACUUCUGCCACCUUGUGGCCGUUUUUCCGGCUUAAAACCGCCCCAAACAUGCUGUCUUCUAUAAAAAAAAUUAGAAAUACAUCUUUGUAGCAAAUGAGUUAAUAAUCAAUUUCAGGCAUACAGUAUUGUACGUUCAAAACGUGCAUUUACAUAACAUCACCUCUUGUCAGAGCACCUUCCUGCUGGAAAAUGUUGAGUGAACUGACUUGUGAGACAGCGCCCUCUGCUGUAGUCACAGCUGUAGCACUCUGUUUCACCUGCAGAUAGCGCCAUCAAAACAUUACCAUAAAAAAAUUACCUAUUUCCAACUUUAAAGCAGCACAUUGGACAUACAGUACAUGGAGUGUGUUGCAAAUACACAUGCAAAAAAGCACUAGUUUAAUGUAUGUUUAAACAUGGAUCUAUCAUUGUGUGAAGUGUCCCCCUCCUUUUUUGAUAAUAGUCAGUCAAAUAGAGUUACUAAGAAAUCUACACACUAUUAUUUUCUUUUGUUAAACUUAAUGAUGUCACUGUUUGGACGAAAAAUAAACAUCAUGUUGAGCAGGGAUUACUUGGCUUACUUUGUUGGUGGUUGACAUUUGGACGAAGGCGAGUGACAUUAUUACGCAUUUCCUCAAACCUCAAACGUGGUCAGAAUUUCAUUCACGCUUUCUUUAUGUUUACGAAAGCUUUUUAUUAUUCGUUCACUUAUUUUUUUUCCUGCUUUUAGCUUUCCUUCUCGAAGAGGAUCACUUUAAAUGAGUGAUGAUUGUUUUUGUUAUUUGUCUGCAAAUGUCCACAUGUAUAUACAGUACUUGAUGAUUUCACCUCACUGAUAUAUUUGCGAUCUACAAUGUGAAAUAAAACAAGUAGACUAGAAAACUGGUGUUUGCAGACUUUGUAUUUAUCACUCCAAACUAUGUGAAAUUUAUUUUUAAAAAAAUGGAACCAAAUGUUAUAAUUGUGUUUCAGUUAAGCUACUAGCA